AUGCCCCUGAGAGCGAAAAUCAUCAACCCUUCAUUCUCGACCCAUUCAUCAAAGAAAAUCACAAUCGAAGACGGUCCUAUGAUUGACAAGCAGGUCCCAGGCGAAAGCCCAUCUGAUGUUCUAUUCAAUACGCAUUAUGGCGUCCGGACCAUCGAGCUCAACCGGCCUGGAAAGAUGAAUUCUCUCAAUGCAUCGAUGGCGCAAAAAAUAAUAUCACGUUUACUUGAAUGGACGAAAUCAGACCUUGCGAACAUCAUUCUAAUUUCAGGCGCUGCCGUGAGAGGUUCCCCCACUGGGAAGAAGCCUUUCUGCGCAGGGGGGGACGUUGCAGCGCUUGCAGAGCUGAACAUAAAGGGACCUGAAGGCCAACGCCAGAGUCACGAUUACUUUGCGCUGGAAUAUCAAUUGGACCAUCUUAUUGCCACCUAUCCAAAACCAUACAUUGCCUACAUGGACGGCAUCACCAUGGGUGGUGGUGUUGGCCUUAGCGUACAUGCCCCAAUUCGAAUAGCUACCGAGCGGACAAUAUUCGCUAUGCCUGAGACUAAUAUUGGCUUCUUUCCCGACGUCGGCGGAAGCUUCUUCCUCUCGCGACUGGAGGGUAGCAUUGGGGCCUAUCUUGCUCUGACCUCGAAACAUCUGAGAGGCGUCGACGUAUACUUUGCCGGCAUUGCCACCCAUUACAUUGACUCGUCCACCCUUCCGAACCUUACAGCUCGCCUGGCAGAGCUCCAAUUCAAAGACUUCGACAGCCUUGACACUCGACUUGAGAUCAUCAAUGCAACAAUAGCAGAAUUCGACACGGGUCUACCAUUUGAAAGGUAUGGAAUGUUCGUAAGCGAGCUACGGAGAGCAGUAGAUCGUUGCUUCAGUCAAGGCAGCGUCGAAGAAAUCAUUGCCGCUGUGCGCAAAGAGAUCCGACGGGGUGUGCCUCGCGUUGUGAGGACAUGGGCAGACGAUACACUUCAGGCACUUUCAGAACGCUCGCCUACAUCUCUCCGCGUGGCACUUCGCCUGCAACAGCUCGGAAAAGACUGGAGUAUUGCCGAAACAUUCCAGCGUGAGUAUGAAUUAGCGGGCAAAUUCAUGGCACACCCUGAUUUCACCCAAGGGGUGUCCGCUCGUUUGAUUCGCAAGCCAGCCGCUAAGCCAGUGUGGGAACCACCAACGCUUCAAGAGGUCAGCGAGCAGCGUAUAGAAGAAAUGCUCCAACCGCAAGAAGGCGGGAAGAAACUGGAACUGUUCAAUACUGGAGACUACAGAAGCUAUCCGCAUUCGCUCGCUCUGCCAAGGGACGAAGAAGUGGCGGUGCUCGUCAAAUCAGGGAGUAUGUCAAAGGAAGCAUUGAUUAGCCAUCUACUAGGCAAAUACAAUCACAAACUUGGACUGCGAGAAAAAGUGAAUGAGAUCCUGAAGAGGUGUUGUUCUGACAGUCCAAACACAGGCCUACGUUGGCGGGAGGAGCAAUGA